UGAACCCUGUACCUGCAAGCACACAUUACUGCGUUCCUACUAAUGAGUACUAGUGCAUUAGACUUUAGAGUAUUUGGAAUUUUGUGUGAUGGUUCACUCUUCUAAUCACUCUAAAGCGAAGCUGUCAUCUCUAACAAUAAGCAGUUUUAAGAAACUAACAAUAGUUUAGUUUUUGGUAUAACGCUUAACUGUAUCCAACCUUUUAGUAUUUUCUUCGGUGUCCCGCGACUGACAGCAUUAUUUGUAAUUUCUGUUAAAGCUUCCCAUAAGUAUUCAGUAAGUAUUUCACUCAAACCGUGGACUCGAAUGGAGGAACUACCUGGAACCGGUUAUUUUGACGACGAACUCAUCCGCGAAAUUCAAAUACGCGGCAGAAAGUGUUCUUACCAGAUCAACGACGAUAACGAAAUUUCGAGAAGCAGCUGCGUUGUUUCCUACAAACCGGAAAUCGUAGAAGCAACAGGAACUGGUGCCCGAAAUAAAAUUGCUGGGCGUGUUACUGUAAAAGUGGUCAAGCUAGACUUCAAGCAUCUUUUCGAGUUGGACACCUUUUCGGGUAACUGGUUGGAACGGAUGCGCAUGUUAAGGAGUGCAGAUCAUGAACAUCUUCAGCCGUAUCACAAAAUUACUGUUUUAUCAACGCCGGACGCCGACUACAGUAUAUUGGCGGAGCUGGUGAUGGGGUAUACCUUACGCCGUAUGAUCAAAAACAUAGCGGAGAAACGGCGUUUGUUAGGAAUAGCCGAUGCCGUGCGAAUUGCUUUGGAUAUCACCAAAGGGCUGGAAUAUCUCCACGACCACAGAAUUACCCAUGGGGAUCUGAGCCCCGUCAGUGUAUUCCUUGUUCCAUCGGGAAGCGGCAGCGACACGGUUAUGAUCGGAGAAUUAGACGGACUGGGAAUAUUGCAUGUGAUACAUGGCCACAGUGUGGCGAGAAGCGAGAAUCAGAGCGUUACCGAUACAGUUCGCUACAUGUCUCCGGAAAUGUUAACCAAGGUGGGAAAGUACGGUCCCCGAUACCGUGUAACACCGCAGCAAACACCACCUCCUGUUUACCAGCCCAUACCUUCAUCGUCACAUACGGCUUCCACGGCAGAUUAUAGCUCUCUUCAAUCAAGAGCUGCUCCUUCGCAGACGGACGAUCUGGAUAAAUUGCAACAACAUAAAACUGAUAUCUGGAGUGUGGGAUGCAUUACCGUGCAAUUGCUUAACUGUGCCACCGGUGACAGUAAGGCAUGGAUAUCUCGCGGGGAAAUCAGAUUGGAGGUGGGGUUGCAGCUGUCGGAUGUGGAUUUCGCUCAGAAAAUUAUGGCUGGAUACGGCCCUGCGGUUGCCCCAUCUGUACCGAAAAAUAUCGUAAGAUGCACGGACUUAUGCCUGCGAAGCGAUCCCAUUGACAGAAUUUCUGCUAGUGAAUUACGACGCGAAUUGGAGUAUUGUCUGACUAAGUUAUGAACCAUGUAACCCAAUUUUAACGAUACUGAAACUGGCAACACGAAGCAUUACAAUUGUAUAUGCGUACAUACUACAUAGUAAAUCUAACAAAAGACAUUUUGUUUUAUCAAGUACUUCCAAGAAAUCGCUGUAACUGUAACUGCAGUCGAUAAUCUAUAUUCGUCAAUCGAUUUUUAUUU